UUUCUUUCUUUCUUUCUUUCUUUCUCAUUUCUGCAUCACUUCCAUUAUUUAUUAUUUCUCUAUCUACACUUUUGACUUAAAGUCUAGUUACUACUAUUGUGCCAUUGUAAACACACUUUAGUUUUAGUGUUUGUUUUAGUGGUAGUUAGUGUGACUGGCCAAACAUCACUCACAUUUUUUGUUCUCUCUUUUUCACUUUCACUCUCAUGUGCCAAAAUAACUAACUGUAUUUUACUACUAUCACACAACCACUUCAUUUAUCUAUCUAUAGAUCUCAUUUUCAUUCACAACACUAACAAAAUACAGACACAACACAACACAACAACACAUCCUUUCAAACUUUGUACCUUCAUCCAUGGCUGAUGCCACUAAGUAUGUUCCCAUAGGUGGUGGGAACUUACACACUACAACAUUAGACCUCAAAAACCUCUUCUCCAUUCUCAAAACAAGAACAACACUUGCUUUUGCUUAUGUUUUUAUCUUUCUUUUCAUUGCUUUCACUGUUUUCUUAGCUUUUUCUCCUUCUCCAAAUGCUUCUUCACCUUGGUUCACCAACAUAUUCUCACCCUCAUCAUCUACAACUUCACCAACUUCAUCAAAAUCUCAACUUUCUUCCAUUUUCUCAUACUUUUUCCCCAACACCAACAACACCAAUGUUUCUUAUCCUUUUGAUCCUCUUCAAAACAACACUUCUAGUACUAGAUCUACCAAUGCAACUUCUCUUUCUCAAUCUCAUAUUCCAAACACAAUUGAAAAAACUAUCAAUAGUAACAUAACCUCUGUUCAAAACUCAUCACAAGAUGCAGUUCCUGUUCCUGUUCCUGUUCAAAUUCCAAUUCCAAACACAAACAAUACCAAAAUUACCAACCUCACUUCUCAAAUUGUUAAAAAGGAACCAUCUUUUGUAAUAAAUCAAACUUCCCAUUCUGAUGAAGCUAUAGCCAAAGACAAAGCUAUGAACUCAAAUCAAACAAAAAAUGCUACUGCUGAAGGAGUUCCAAUUACUCCUAACAAGAAUUUGAGUUCUAAUUCUUCUUCAUUGAAGGAUGUUGUGUUGAAUAAUUACACAGCUUCUCUUGCUAAGAAACAGAACAACAAACAUGAAGAAAAGAAGAAAGACGAGUGGAUGGAGUCUUUGAUGAAGUGUGAUUUUUUUGAUGGAGAAUGGGUUAAGGAUGAUUCUUAUCCACUUUAUAAGCCAGGUUCUUGUUCUGUGAUUGAUGAACAGUUCAAUUGUAUUGGAAAUGGAAGACCUGAUAAAGAUUAUCAGAAAUAUAAAUGGAAACCUAAGGGAUGCAGCCUCCCAAGGUUGGAUGGACAUAAAAUGCUUGAUUUGUUAAGAGGCAAGAGAUUGGUUUUUGUUGGUGAUUCUCUCAAUAGGAAUAUGUGGGAAUCACUUAUUUGUAUACUAAGAAAUUCUGUGAAAGAUAAAAGAAAAGUUUAUGAAGCAAAUGGAAGAGUCCAUUUUAGAGGGGAAGCCUCUUAUUCAUUUGUAUUUCAGGAUUAUAAAUUCUCUGUGGAGCUUUUUGUGUCUCCAUUUUUAGUUCAAGAGUGGGAAAUGCCUGAUAAAAAUGGAACAAAGAAGGAAACACUUCGUCUCGAUUUAGUUGGAAGAUCUUCAGAUCAAUAUAAAGAUGCAGAUAUCAUUGUUUUUAAUACUGGUCACUGGUGGACUCAUGAUAAAACUUCUAAAGGGAAGGACUAUUACCAAGAAGGUAGCCAUGUCUAUGAUGAAUUGAAUGUUCUUGAGGCGUUUCGAAGAGCUAUAACAACUUGGAGCAGGUGGGUUGAUGCCAAUGUAAAUCCAUCCAAGUCCAUAGUCUUGUUUAGAGGCUAUUCUGCUUCUCAUUUCAGUGGUGGACAAUGGAAUUCCGGCGGACAAUGUGACAGUGAAACGGCACCCAUCGAUAACGAGAAGUACCUAACGGAGUACCCGCCUAAGAUGAGAGUGUUGGAGAAGGUUUUGAAUAACAUGAAAACUCAUGUAACCUACCUGAAUAUCACUAGAAUGACAGAUUUCAGGAAGGACGGUCAUCCCUCGAUAUACAGGAAGCAUAAUCUGUCACCCGAAGAACAAAAAUCGCCGUUGAGAUUCCAAGACUGCAGUCAUUGGUGCCUUCCGGGCGUUCCCGACACAUGGAAUGAGAUUCUCUACGCCGAACUUCUAAUCAGAGAAUAUCGAAAUCAGCAACAGAAGAAGAGAACAUAGGUAGUGAACUACCAUGAAAUCUUCUACCUCACUUAUACAUUAUAUCCAAUGAGUUGUUAAAGAUGAAAUAGAUACAGAUGCAAUAUACCAUUCUUGUUCUAUCCAUAUCAAGGAUAGGAAGAAAGAAACAAAACCAUACAGAAUGUAUUUUUUUUUCCCUAUUUUUCUUAAAAAGUUUAGUGAAACCGUCUAUAUAUAUAAUUAAGAGAUGUGGUUACCAUGAGUUGGUGAGGAGAAGAGAGAAUACUAUGUUGAUUUAUUUAAUCAUUGUAAAUCAUAUUGUCCUUUGUAUCUUCAUUUUCUUUUCUAGCCUCAAAGGCUGAUUGCUAUUGUAAAUCUCUACUCAACUAGAUUUUGUUUAAUGUAAUCAAAUUAAACACUCUAUGACAUGCUA